CUGUUUGACACAGACGAAGACGAGAAAAUCACCCACGACGAGUUUACGGCUCUGCUGCGCUCGGCUCUGGGUGUGUCCGAUAUAAACAUGACGAAGCUCUUUAAGGAGAUCGAUGCAGAUUCUUCUGGUUUCAUCACAUUCGGAGAAUUUCAAGCCUUUGCUACCACCCACCCUGAAUAUGCCAAGCUCUUCACCACCUACCUGGAGCUUCAGCGGUACCACGCGCUCAAAGAGGCCAGACCUGAAGAGCUGGAGUCAGUGGAUGAAACCAGUUCAGAGGAAAACAACGAGGACAGUACUUCUGACAAAAAGGACGACUGAGAAUGAGCCUCACAUUUAUCUUGAUAAAUGUGUCAAGUAUUUGUUUUUUGUUUGUUUUUUUGGUUUUAGGGUGUUUAUUUUUUUUUUCCAUUUGCC